UACGGCGUGCGGUUUGUUCAGGGAGUUCCGAGCAAAACUGUUCGCGUACGGAUUUCUCUUACUCCGCUGCAAGACUGCGUGACUUAAAUCGGUGCUAUAGUUAUCCGUGGCUAAUUUAGAAGCUGAAGACUGAAGUCUAAAAGCUUGUUGGUUCUUUCCUUUGGCACACAUCUCCAAUUUGGCUGUUUUCUUUCAAUCUUUAUAUUGUUUUUUUUUCUGCACUCAUUUAAAUCUAUAUUCUGACAAUAUUUUUGUGGAGAAAACACCGUAGAGUUCGCGCUGAGGUUCUGGACAAAUACUGCAGUUUUGAGAUUCCUGUGCUGCCGUGUAAUGCUUACAGUUUGAAGAACAGUUUCAUAAACUGCGUAUCUAAGGCUCUGGUCUUGCCAAGAAGUGAGUGUAAACGCUAAAGGAAAGCAGGAGAGGAGGGGGAAACGGAGAGAAGCCGUCACCUGAACCAAGACGCAUCAACAGAGACUCAUGGGGUUAGGGGAGGCUUCAGCGAGAGGGACAGCCAUGGACGGAGACUGUCUGAGCUGCAUCAAAUACCUCAUGUUCCUCUUCAACUUCCUCAUCUUUCUGGGAGGCUCCUUCCUCCUGGGUGUAGGGGUGUGGGUGCUGGUGGAUCCUACAGGCUUUAGGGAGAUCGUAGCAGCCAACCCUCUGUUCUUCACUGGGGUCUACAUCAUCCUGGCCAUGGGGGGAAUGCUCUUCCUUCUGGGAUUCCUGGGCUGCUGCGGAGCCAUUCGGGAAAACAAGUGUCUGCUUCUCUUUUUCUUCAUGCUCAUCCUGGUUAUUUUUCUGGCAGAGUUGGCUGCAGCCAUCCUGGCCUUCAUAUUCCGGGAGCAUCUGACCAGAGAGUUCUUCACUAUGGAGCUGAAGAGACACUAUCAGGGCUACAACAAUACUGAUGUCUUCACUGGAACCUGGAAUGCCGUAAUGAACAGCUUUGACUGCUGUGGAGUGAACAGCCCGGAGGACUUUGAGGAGAGCCUGUUCCGGCUGAUCAACCCCAACGAGAUGGUCCCCUCAGCCUGCUGCAGGAGGGCCAGCCAGCCAGGAGACUCGGCUUAUGUCAACCAGGUCGAGUGUCUAAUGGGGAAAAUGCUCUUCCGAAACAACAAGGGUUGCUAUUCAGCUGUGGUGGAUUACUUUGAGCUCUAUAUAUAUGUGGCCGGGGCGCUGGUCAUCGCGGUGCUCACCAUUGAGCUGUUUGCCAUGGUCUUUGCCAUGUGUCUGUUCAGAGGCAUCCAGUAGGAUGACUGACUGCUGUACCGCACGGAUGGGAGCUAGAAAAGGGAAAUCAGGAGGAAAGAAAAGAAAAUGUAACACUUACAAAUGUGUUGUUCUUUUUGUAUCUGCAAAACAAAUUGGUUAGAAAACAAACAAACAAAACAACAACUACAACAACAACAACAACAACCACAACUACAACAACAACAAUUACAACAACCACAACAACAACAACUACAACAACUACAACAACAACCACAACAACUACAACAACAACAACAACAACAACAACCACAACAACAACCACAACAACAACAACUACAACAA